CCCCGAUCGACGCCAAGCAAAUCGAAUGAGGUCACUGAACCCAACCACCCCAUCAUCGCACGCAGCUAUCACAACGUCAAAUACCUAAGAACCAUACGACAUCGAUCGCAAAUACAUCAAAAUGGCACCCAAACGCAAAGCCUCGGGCCCGGCGGCCAAAUCGCAACAGUCGACUCUCGCAUUCCACGGAACGACGAAUAAGGUCACAAAGUCCGGCGUCAAAGCACAAGGCGCAAAGAAGAACCUCCUCGAGGCGAAACUGAAAGAUAUCAAGCCGGAGAUAGUUGAUAUCUCGGAAACUGAGCCGACAACGACGGAUGCUGCGAUCAUCGAGCAAACAGAACAGGAGGUCAAGGCGCAGGAGGUUGAGAGCACACCAGAGGAGGACCAGGCACGGCGCAUAUCAGAUGCUGCGAUCAAGAAGUACUGGACUGCAAAGGAGAAGCAGAGACGUGCAUCAAGGGCACAUCAGGGAGCUCUAAGCUUGCACGAGAAGAUCCUCAGGGAGUUCGACAUGAGCGCGCACUAUGGCCCAUGCACCGGAAUCGCUCGGUUGAAGCGCUGGAAGCGAGCGCAACGGCUCGAUCUCGACCCGCCGAUCGAAGUACUCGCGGUCCUGUUGAGAGAGCAGGACGUGGGCGAUAAGGACAGGAUAGCUGUUCAGCGCUCUAUCGUCGAUGAUAUACUGAACUCAAAAGCCGAGCUUGAUGUAUGAGGAUGGGUGUUGGCUUGCGGAGCGCGGAUUGCGGGAUGGACCCUGUCGGAGUGAUACCUUUCCAUCAUAUCUGUAACGUACGAGGAUUUGGAUACUGAGUUUAUGCGAGGAGUUGGGCGUCAUGAUUGAACGGGAUACGAACGGCUGUGCGUGUAUGGAAGGCACGCGAGCAGUCAUCACCAUGUAGACCAGCUGCAGGUUAGCAACCCAAACCCGAAAAAUCUUACACGAAUCCACUUCACAUAUUAUGAUGUCCGGCGUCUAGGGCUUCGUGACAAGGUG